AUGCGUGGGUGCUUUGUUCUCUUAAAGCCGUAUGAAUUCACAGUGGGAGCUCCACCGGGAAAGGAAAGGAAGCUUCAAUUUGUUGACAACCCAAAUGGUUUAUUCUCUGCUCAAGCAGCACCAAAACCUCCAGCUGCUGUGUUGUUCCUCCUGAGGCAUCCUACCUUCAUGUUCAUGGAUAAAGAUGCUAAUUCAAAAAUCCAACUCCCUCCUGGAUUUAGAUUCCACCCUUCUGAUGAGGAGCUAAUUGUUCACUAUCUGAGAAACAAAGUGACAUCAUCACCCUUUCCUACUUCAUUCAUAGCAGAAAUAGAUCUUUACAACUAUAAUCCAUGGGAGCUCCCAAGCAAAGCUUUGUUUAGGGAGGAUGAGUGGUAUUUCUUUACUCCUAGAGACAGGAAGUAUCCCAAUGGAGUGAGGCCUAAUAGAGCAGCUGCUUCUGGUUAUUGGAAGGCUAUUGGGACUGACAAACCCAUUUUCACUUCCUGUGGGAUAAAGAGCAUUGUUGUCAAGAAGGCACUCGUGUUCUACAAGGGUCGUCCACCAAAGGGAUCGAAAACCGAUUGGAUCAUGCAUGAGUAUAGAUUGCAUGAUUCCACAAUCUCCAAUUCCAAGCAAGGAGGGUCCAUGAGAUAUUGUAAAGUCACCACCGAAGAGGAGACUCUGAAAUCAAUGAUGGCAUCGCUGGAAGAAGAAAUGGAUGAAGAAGAAGAAGUUGAAUCGUCACCGGUUCCACCGAUGCAGAAGAAAGCACAACCGGUUCAACGAUGUUGA